AUGAUUGCUGGAUUAAUGUCAGCCCUUAAAAGUUCUAACUGCAUUGAUGAUGAAGGUAGAGAUUUGAAUAUAUUUUCUAAAAAUUUUGUCGUAGAUGAGAUCAAUCAUGGAAAAAUCCACGAAAUAGAUAAAGAUAAAGAUUACCAAAUUGACAGCGAUAGAGACGAUGAAACUGAUAUUGAUACGGACGAUGGGAAAAUGAUAGAAGCUUUCUUCGAAAAUGAGAACGAUGAUAGUGAAGGUCAGAUAAUAGAACUUUCAAUACCAAACUUAGAAAUUUGCGCGAUGCCUGUCAAGAAGAAAACUCUAUCCCUACAAGAACGAUUAGAAAUUUUGGAGAAAAUAAAGAAUCGAGAAAAUCUACCAGAUUUAGCGGAUAAAUACGGCGUACAUAUUUCAACCAUUUCUCGCUUAAAAACUAGUGAGCAACUAAUUCUAUACCGUGAAAGAGUAUUGAAAUCAUGUGAUGGCAAUUUAUGUAAAAAACGUUUCAAAAUAAAAGCAAAACAUUUUAACGAAUUAUUGAAUGGAUCGGAUAAUUUAAAAUUCAGUACUGGUUGGGUAGAUAAAUUUAAGAAACGCCACGGAAUCAGGUGUAUAAGCAUGCACGGUGAAAAGUUAUCAGCAGAUACAACUGCUGCUGAAGUUUUCAAAAAGAAUUUACAGAGUAUCACAAGUAUUUCUGGAUUACCUUUGGAUAAAAUAUACAACUGUGAUGAGACCGGCUUAUUUUUGAAGAUAAUGCCCAAGCGGACCCUAGCUAGCAAAAGCGAAAAAAGUGCAUCCAACAGAAAACUAGCUAAAACGCGUUCAACAAUCAUGAUGUGUUCAAAUGCUUCAGGCACCCAUAAACUACCGCUGUUUGUAAUCGGCAAGUCUAAAAGUCCUCGUUGUUUUAAAAAUAUAAAAGAAUUACCUGUAAUAUAUAAAGAUCAAGCAAAGGCAUGGAUGAAUCAGGAUUUAAUGCGGGAAUGGUUUAUCGAUCUAUUUUUACCACAAGUUAAAGAGACUCAUAAUAUUGAUACUAAUAAACGUACAAAUGAGGAAGUUGAUGAUAUGCUCAAAUCAUUUGAUUUACGACAGUGUAUAUCUUUCUGUGAAUCAGCCUGGAAUCAAUUGACAAGUAGGGGCAUCAGAAAUUGUUGGAAGAAGCUGAUACCACUAGAAAAUAAUGCUGUUUCAUCUGAUGUUGAAUGUAUUGAUCUCAAUAUCUUCCACAAUUUGAUUUCAAAUACUCCUGGUUUUGCCGGUGUAUCUCUGGAAGAUGUAAAUGAAUGGAUUGAUGCAGACAAUGAAGAAGUUGAAUGGGCUGUACUCAGUGAUAAAGAAAUUGUUAAAGAUGUAUUAAUUAACAAUUCUGAAAAUGUAGAUAGUGAUACUACUCAAGAAAGAGACCAUACAGAGAACUUUUCUGAUGAAGAUGACUCCCUAAAAAUAUCGAUUCAAGAUGCAUAUAAAGCAACAAAUAUUCUUUUAAAUUAUUAUCCAAAUGAUGAUAGCCAACUAUCACAACAUUUACUACCAGUAUUGCAAGUGUGCUAUGAAGAUUUGACACAGAAAAGUCUUUCUGUUCAACUAUAA